AUGCGGCUAAAAGAUGUCUCAGAGGCUGUCACCAAGGGAGCUAUGGCCGCACUUUUUAAACGCGGCCUAAGGUGGGAGCCCAAGUCAAAUUCUAAAUGGGAAGGCAAGGUUUGUACAAAACUGACAAAUGCCACCGCAGACCAAGUGUUCGUUCUGUACAAGGACUUCUUCAACUUCCACAAAUGGUUUCCUAGCCUAGCCACUUGCUAUGGUAUUCAUGGCACCAACGGUGAGCCCGGUUGCAUCAGAUACUGUGCUGGAUUCUCAAUCCCAUCCAACGAUGGUGACAAUAAGCCCGUUAGCUGGUCCAAGGAAAGAUUAAUAGCCGUCGAUGAUGAUGAACACAGAUUAAGCUACGAGAUUGUGGACAGCAAUAUUGGGUUCAAGUCAUACGUUUCUACGGUCAAGAUUGUUCCCCAAGGUGAUGAAGGGUGUAUGAUUGAGUGGUCGUUCACCGUUGAUAAGGUGGAAGGGUGGGUACUAGAUGAUUUGGUGAAGAAGUAUGAGGUGGGAUUGCAGCGCAUGGUUAAGAGAAUGGAAGAUGCACUAGCAAGUUUUGAGCCAGAAGGGUAGUUGUUUGUAAUCUUUUCUCAUUUAUCUUAUUAUUAAUUUCUAGUUACUUUUGUAUUUCCUAUUUUA